AUGAAGGCGCCUGCCUACGAUCCCGCUUCGCUGCCUCCUUUGCCGCCUAAGAAGACCCAGGCCGACAAGGAAGCGGAGUACGACAAGUACAACAGGCCCAACACGGCGUACAAGCGGCAGCUUAAUCCUACCAAGUCCUCGCCUACUGUGCCGCAGUUGCCGUCGAGGCCUGAUGCGCGGAAGCCUUCGUUGCCGUCGAGGCCGCAGGGCUUGUUGCAACCUGAGCAGAGUGGCACUGUUCCUUCCUCCACGCCGCCUCCUGGAAAGAGGGCGAUUGUCCCUCCACCUGCGAAGAAAUCUGUGUUGGCUAUGGGGUUCGGCAACCCGGUCACGCCAGUGGAGGAUCCUUCUCCGGCUUCUGCCACAGAUGGAGUCCAGAUGAACGGCAAUCAUACUCCGCCUCCCAUCCCCACGACUUCCAAACCCGACCUUGCCGCCCUCAAAGCAUCCAAACCAAAACUCGACGGAAUCCACACACUCCCCAACUCUACCUCAUUCGCUUCCUGUCUCCUAUGCCGCGAUUACUCCGCCCCCGACAACCACGCCGCCAAAUUUCCCCGCGAGACCCUCCCCUCUCAAGACGUGACCCAACUCGCGCAAAACCUCACCGCCCCCUUUUCCUCCGCAACAGACAAAGCACGCGCAAUCUUCACCUGGCUACACCACAACGUCGCCUACGACGUCGACGCCUUCUUCAACAACUGCGUCAAACCCUCCACCCCGCAGUCAACGCUGCAAUCCGGGCUCGCCGUCUGCGAAGGCUACGCAGGCCUCUUCACCGCCCUCGCCGUCAAAGCCGGGCUAGAAUCUUACGUCAUCACCGGGCACGGCAAAGGCUACGGCAUCGUCGAGCUGCCCGCUGGAGCUCCCAUCCCGCCCUUCAACGGCAAUCACGCCUGGAAUGCCGUCAAAAUCGAUGGCGGGCAUUGGAAGCUCAUCGAUUCCUGCUGGGGCGCCGGCGUCAUCGGCAACCCCGGCGAGCCGUACAAGAAGCGCUUCGCCCCCGAGCGCUUCACACAGUCCAACGACGAUUUCGGCCGCGACCACUUCCCCUCCGCGAGCGGGCAGCAGCUUCGCAAUGAUGGCCGCACCGUUUCGUGGGAGGAGUACAUCACCGGCAACAAGAAUGGGUGCGGCGCGUACUUCUUCGACGGCUACAUCACCUCAGAAGGGUUGGAUCGCACCACGUUCAGACCUGAGGCUGGCAAGAUCGAUCUCGCUACUGCGGGCGCUCGUACCGGUGGGUCGGUGCGCUUCUCUUUCCAGAAAAUCUGUCCGCAUUGGGAUCCCGUGCGCUGCGGCAAGGGGCCCUACUAUGUGUACAUUUUGCACUUGGAGGGGCUGGAGAGUGACAGUGCGGGCAAGCAGAGGAAUAAUAUCCCCUUUGAGACGAAUGGAGAUGUGUGGUGGUGUGAUGUGCCUGUGAGGGAUUUGGGGAGUCCGGGGCAGAAGGCGCGGAUUAUGGCGGUGACGUCGAUGGAUGGGAGGGAUGGGAGGGGCGUUGGGGUGGCGGGGUAUAAGGGGAUGAAGGGGAGGGUGGGAAUGGGGUAUGGGUUUGUUUGUCAGUGGGAGGUGGUGUGA